CCUGCUGCCCCAGUCGCCUUUAUCCCACUCCACCCCGCCAUCUUCGAAAUUGCGAAGGUUUCCUUGCCGAACAACAACAACUGAGUGCUUUUGAUUUUAGCGUCCUUCGCUCACUGAUAAGGGGACAACGAUUUUAUAUACUCGAAGGAGGACACACACGCAUAUCGCUGCCUCUCGAAAAUAGAUUUAUUAAAAUCGGAGAAGAAGCGAGAGGGUUUCCAAAGUACACAAGGGACGUUAGCUCUUUUGUUGCCUCACAGACGGGCGCGCCCAGCAAGUGAUAAUGCGCCCUGGGAAGCAUAUUUCCUUGAAUGAGACGCAGUUCCACUGACAUGUCGUACACUGAACUGGAGCACGGCUACCAGGGACUCAAGAAAGCCAGACCGUCGUUUUACCUGCACGAAGAGAGGAUCGCCAAACUGAGAGGCGAAGGCACAGGUCUGGACGAUGACGGCUUGUGCUUGGACACCGAGAUGUCCGGGUGCGAAGAUGGCGGAAAGCAGGUUGUGGUCGGGGUGUGCGCGAUGGCCAAAAAGUCGCAGUCGAAGCCGAUGAAAGAAAUCCUAACUCGGCUGCAGGAGUUUGAAUACCUCAGGAUCGUCGUGUUCAACGAGGAGGUCAUUCUCAAGGAACCUGUUGAAAACUGGCCAAUUUGUGACUGCCUGAUCUCAUUCCACUCGAAAGGAUUCCCUCUUGAUAAAGCCAUCCAAUAUGCCAACCUGCGCAACCCGUUUAUCAUCAACAAUCUGCACAUGCAGUACGACAUCCAGGACAGGCGGAAAGUGUACGCGAUCCUCGAAAAAGAAGGCAUCGAGAUACCAAGAUACGCAGUCCUCGAUAGAGAUUCCCCAGAUCCAAAACAUUUAAAAUUUUAUUCACACUCAGAUCACGAGCUGGUGGAGUCUGAGGACCACGUCGAAGUGAAUGGAGUAGUGUUCAAUAAACCAUUUGUUGAAAAACCGGUAUCCGCUGAGGACCACAAUAUAUACAUAUACUACCCCACAUCUGCAGGCGGGGGUAGUCAGAGGCUCUUUAGAAAAAUUGGCAGCAGAAGUUCCGUUUACUCUCCCGAGUCCAGGGUCAGAAAGACUGGUUCUUUCAUUUACGAAGAUUUUAUGCCCACUGAUGGCACUGAUGUGAAAGUGUAUACCGUUGGGCCUGAUUAUGCUCAUGCCGAGGCGAGAAAAUCUCCUGCGCUGGACGGCAAAGUGGAGCGGGACAGUGAAGGAAAAGAAAUAAGGUACCCUGUGAUCCUGAGCAACGCGGAGAAGUUGAUUUCACGAAAGGUGUGCAUGGCUUUCAAACAAACCGUUUGCGGAUUCGACUUGUUGAGGGCGAACGGAAAGUCCUUUGUCUGUGAUGUGAAUGGCUUCAGUUUUGUCAAGAAUUCAAACAAGUAUUACGAUGACUGCGCUAAAAUUCUUGGCAACAUGAUUUUGCGUGAGCUCGCGCCAACCCUACAUAUUCCCUGGAACGUUCCAUUCCAGUUGGAUGACCCACCAAUAGUGCCUACGACCUUUGGAAAAAUGAUGGAGUUGCGGUGUGUUGUGGCUGUGAUCAGACACGGAGACAGAACGCCGAAGCAGAAAAUGAAAGUUGAAGUGAGACACCCCAAAUUUUUUGAAAUAUUUGAAAAGUACGAUGGCUAUCGGAAGGGCCACGUGAAGUUGAAGAAGCCAAAGCAGCUGCAAGAAAUCCUUGACACUGCUCGCUCCCUGCUGACCGAGAUCCAGCACCGAGCCGCCGACCCAGAAUUGGAGGAAAAGCAAGGAAAGUUGGAACAGCUGAAAAGCGUGCUCGAGAUGUACGGUCACUUUUCGGGCAUCAACCGCAAGGUGCAGAUGAAGUACCAGCCUCGUGGCAGGCCCAGGGGAUCCAGCAGCGAUGAUGGCCUUUUUCUAGAUUUGCCAAAGGAGCCGUCCCUGGUGCUGAUUCUCAAGUGGGGCGGUGAACUGACACCGGCAGGCCGCGUGCAGGCUGAGGAGCUGGGUCGCAUUUUCCGAUGCAUGUAUCCCGGAGGCCAAGGUAGAAGGUUUAGGCACACGUCAGCGGCACGACCGAGACCGAGCGUUGCAGAGCAGAUUCAAAGAGAGGGCGUCGUGGCUGACUGCUGCCACGUUUCAGGAGAGUACGCAGGCACCCAGGGACUCGGACUGCUCCGGUUACACUCGACCUUUAGGCACGACCUCAAAAUUUACGCCUCUGACGAGGGGCGUGUCCAGAUGACGGCAGCCGCCUUUGCCAAGGGGCUGCUUGCACUCGAAGGAGAACUCACACCCAUCCUGGUGCAAAUGGUCAAGAGCGCCAACACUAACGGGCUGCUUGACAAUGACUGUGACUCCAGCAAACACCAGAACAUGGCAAAAUCUAAACUACACGAGUUGAUGCAGCAGGAUCGUGAGUUCUCGAAAGAAGACAGGGAAAAGCUGAAUCCUUGCAACGCGUCUUCCAUAACUGCCGCUCUUGACUUUGUAAAGAACCCAGUUCGAUGCUGUGAAAGAGUUCACGACCUGAUCCAAAAACUGGUUGCAAUCGUCAAGACUAAAAGGGAAGACCCUAAAACCAAAGAUGCAAUUCUGUAUCACGGCGAGACGUGGGAGCUGAUGGGCCGUCGUUGGGGAAAAAUCGAGAAGGACUUUUGCAACAAGAACAAAACAUUUGACAUUUCAAAAAUACCCGACAUCUACGACUGCAUCAAAUAUGACCUGCAACACAACCAACACACCCUUCAAUUUGAGCAAGCGGAGGAGUUGUACAUAUGUGCCAAGUACUUGGCCGACAUUGUGAUCCCUCAAGAGUAUGGCUUAAGCAAGCAAAACAAAUUGACGAUAGGCCAAGGUAUCUGCACGCCACUGCUCAAGAAAAUUAGAGCCGACCUGCAGAGAAACAUUGAAGAGUUUGGCGAGGAAAAUGUCAACAGGCUGAACCCUCGCUAUUCCCAUGGCGUCUCCAGUCCUGGCCGACACGUCCGCACUCGACUGUAUUUCACCAGUGAGAGCCACGUGCACUCACUCCUGACAGUGCUGCGUUACGGAGGACUGCUAGAUAAAAAGCUGCAAUCAGAGAAUGACACAAUUGAACCAAACUGUGCUCCUGACACAAGCAAUGCAAAUAAGGAAACGAAAGACGAACAGUGGCGUCGCGCAAUGCAGUAUGUUUCGAUGGUGUCUGAGCUAAACUAUAUGGCACAGGUGGUCAUCAUGCUGUAUGAGGAUCCAACAAAAGAUCCAUUUUCAGAAGCCAGGUUCCAUGUGGAGCUACACUUCAGUCCUGGUGUAAACUGCUGCGUGCAGAAAAAUUUGCCUCCUGGUCCUGGUUUCCGUCCGCACAGCAGAAAUGAUUCUGGCACCUCGAAAAACAUGCAGGCAUUUUGGACUGGUUUAAUGGGAAAGCAACAGGGUUCAGACUCUGGAGGAAGUACGACUAAGGAAGAUGAAGAAGAGGAUGAGUUUGAGCUUGACGAAAUGAUGGGCAUCCAAACGAAAAAGGAUAAAACCACCCCGACUCCUGACAUAUUUGCCGAGGAGGAUACAGAAGUGGAAGAUACCUACGAGGACCUGCCGCCCUCAUUGUCAUCCAGCAUGAAGUCUUCAGAGCCGAUUCCCAUCAAGUGCCGUGCGAGCCCUCCAAAGGACGUGAACCUGGCGACUGUGGCAGCGGAGGAGAGCAACCAGCGGAGCUCGUCGUUAAACCGGAACAAGCUGAACGCGGAUGACUAUGAGCCCCGUUCCCGCAGCUUCGACCACCAGCGGGAUCGAUCGCCUCGAGACAAGGAUGAGGCGCGAUACCAGAGCCUGGAUGCAGCUCAGUGGCCAGUGGCACCGUGGUCGCUGCCCCCGUGCCCCCUGGCCCCCCACUCGCUGAACCCUCCCCUUGCGCCGCUGAGCCCGCGCUCACAAUCUCCAUCCGGCACGGUGCCGGUGUUGGGGCUCGCGGUGUCCUCGCCCACCCUGCCGUCCUCGCCGCUGUCCUCGUUCUUUGUGCGCUCCUUCUCAACGCCAUGCAGCACACACUCGUCCUUACCCCCCAUGAACGCAGGUGCCGAGGGUCACCGGCUGCAACACCAGAUGCCCUCUGCUCUCUUCAAGUUGCUCAGCAAGGGUGGCACCUCCGCCAGCAGCCUCUUCAGCACUGCCGUCAUCAGUGGAGGCACGGCGGCCGUCAGCGCCCCAUGCCUUCUUAAACACGAACACGAUGUCCCCACCAUCGCAGCUCUCUUAAGCACCAUCGAAGGUUGCGGCGGAGUACCCCCGAUUCGGCCCCUGGAGACGUUGCACAACGCCUUGUCCCUUCGCCAGCUGGACGCGUUUCUUGAGAGGAUGACCGCGGCGCCGUUCCGAACGCCACCGUCUUGCGCCUCGCCGCCAAAGUUGCCGGGGGGAAACCAGCCCCGAUUGCCAAACGACCUUCAGUCACCGAGCAGUAGCAGUUUCGGCUGGAGUGGUCCACCAUCGUUUGUCUCCUCAAGCGGCCCAUCGUCACCAAACGGCUCUGCUUCGCUUGUUGACUACUUCGUCGGAGGCGAGCCAACGGCGCCGUCGUCCCUCUCAGCGAGUCUGCUGAGCGAGGAGGGCGCGCCUGGCCUGCUCAAUUACUUCAGCGGGAUGAUGCCGACGCAGAUCGCUGCCGGCAUGUUCCCGCCGAGCAACCCAUCCAACGUGACGCCGGCCGGCUCCGUCGCCACCACGCCCGACGACUUCCUCAAUGAACGUUCUGACGAGGAGGACCACGCGCCUGACGUUACCGUUACAGAAGAGCCGUGGCCACCUGAGCCACCAGUGCCUCCGGAGUCAGAGAGCACGUCACCGAGCAGUGGCACUGAUGCGCAGAGCACAGUCAUGCCCACUCCACCCACGUGAAGGACGAUGCACUUCAUUAGUGCAGCUUGUGUUUUUCGAAAGUGCAAAUAUAAAUAUUGUUGUUUAUUGAAAAAUAAACUCAGCCUUUUCAUUGUU